GAAACCCGGCAUUCAACACCCAACCCAACCAGCCUCCCCUCACCCCGUGAAACACACACACACACACACACACACACACAAAAAAAAGAAAAAAGGGAGGAAAAAAAACUACAUCGCAUGCUCAGCCCACAAAGAGAAAUAGUAUUGGAGAGACGGGGCAACGGGGCAGAGGUGCAGAUGAAAAGAGCCUAGAGAAAAUACUUUCUUCGAGCUCCGAUAUACAACUACCAGACCUCCAAAAUGAAAAUGGACGGACAGAAGCAGUGGACGCGGGCGGCCGUGAUGGCGCUGCUGGUGCUGGCCGUGAUGGCGGCUGAAGGCGGCAAAGCGGAGAAACAAGGAAAGAAGGAGCGGCGGUCCGACUGCGGCGACUGGCAGUGGAGUGUGUGUGUGGCCAACGAGGGCGACUGUGGGCUCGGCACGAGGGAGGGGACGCGCACCGGCGCCGACUGCAAGCAGACCAUCAAGACCCAACGCUGCAAGAUCCCCUGCAACUGGAAGAAGAAGUUUGGAGGGGAGUGCAAGUACGACUUCCAGGCUUGGGGGGAGUGCGACCCGGUGACAGGCAAGAAGAACAGGACGGGCGUGCUUAAGCGAGCGCUCAUGGACGCCACCUGCGCCGCCACCGUCACAGCCACCAAGCCCUGUGGGAAAGUCCCCAAGACCAAGCUGCAAGAUGCAAAGAAGCAAAAGAAGGAAGGCAAGAAGAGGGACCGCACCCAAAUGGGACUGAUGGCGUUGCGCGCCCCAGAGAGGGAAGGAAGACGAGGGCCGGAACACGUCCACAGCCCCGUCGCUGAACGCUUCCUCUUUGUGUGUCCCGUAGGUCGACAGUAGCGCUUCCCCCAAACCAGUGAAAACGUGACUUUUAGUGACAAGAUGUUAUACUUUUUCUUCUUUCUGUGACCUGAUCAGGAACAGCUUGUGUGUACUAGCCAGCGGUAGGAACAACGAACAUAAAAGAGGAUUGUUUACUAGUGUCAUUUUUAGGAUUAUUUUCUUGCAGACAAAUUGGAGAGGGUUUGUUUUAGUCUAUAAUAUGGAAGUAUUUUUUGGUUCAUGCCUCAGCUUAAAGAAGCAGUUGUGUAAGUGAAGUCGUUUACUGCUUUACUUAAUUACAUUUUAAAGAAAGCAUUUGAUUGCAUUGUCUCAAGUUAAUGUUAACAAUCCCCCUGUUACAUUUCUUUUUGAUAUCUUUCUUUAAUUUCCAGUAAAAAUAAACCUAAUGUGACGGGAGUGUGCAUGAUUAGUGCAAGUAUGCAAAUUACUGAAGUUUUUAGCGUGUUUUCCUCCUGCUGCUCUGUUGUACCUCAAUUUAGACCCUCUGAUUUCUUACUCUACAGCUCUUGGCUAUAAAAAAAUAAGCAGUCCUCCCUUUGGUGAUUCCUAAGUUGAAGUUAACAUUUCCUUUGUUUCCUGUUUCCAAAAAUAAAUUAAUAAAAAGCAGAAAAAAUA